AAAUAUUUUUUUAAAAUUAAAUGAAAUAAAUGAAAAUUAUUGGAUUUCUUAUCAAUCACAAAUUCGUAUUAUUAAUAACGAUAAUAAUCCACGUUUAUAGCGAUUUAACGCGCGAUAAAAUAUGGGGUGUCCGAGCGGAUAUAGACUUUUCUUACAGGGAAGGAUGCAUCAUAGAAACGUGGGGAAAAAAAUACCCCAGUUGUGUUAACGUUCCGUACACUCGAACGCAGCUCGCGGCUAAAAGCAACGGUAAUCUGAGUAGCGUCGAAUCGCCCUCGCUUUCCGUACAGUCACCGAUAAAUAUCAGAACGAGCGAAACCAUCAAAGCCUACUUCAAGGAUUAUUCUCUCCAUUUCCGGAAUUACGAAUUGGAGAGUCCGGUUACCGGUACGUGGAGAAUAGAAAAAACGCGUUACGGGUUUCUGCUAAAGGUAAACGGUAUAUUGCCCUUCAUAGAAGUGCUGCUCGGGGAUGGGAAGGCGGUAGCCUACGAGUUCGUGCAGGCCCAUUUCCACUGGGGCGUAGGCGGGGGGAGCACGGUGGGCUCCGAACAUUCUAUCGACUGCCAAUUUUACCAGUUAGAAGGCCAUUUGUUGCACAGGAGUCUAAUCGGGAAGCAAGAGAAAUUAGCGGUGGUGGCGGUGUUCUACGAAUUGAUCGACGAAAAGGAAGGAGGAGCGAAGGAAAGCGCGCCGGAGCCAAAAAAUUUGCGAGCCAUUGUUGACGCCAUCAAAUCUAGCGAAAAUGAGUUGAAGUCCGAAAUCCCGAUAAACACCAGCUUCAGUCUGAACUUCCUAUUACCUGAAAGUGUUUGGCAGACUAAAGGGAACACUCCUUUUUACAAAUACCUGGGGUCGCUUACGGCUCCGCCCUGCAGUGAGACGGUGACCUGGUUGAUUAUUAAGGAACCCGCUAAGAUCUCUCUCGGACAGUUAUCCGCGCUGGAGAAUUUAAAGCUGUGCAACGAAAAGGACCACACAUGUUUUCCGGAUAAAUACGUGGGAUCCAACAGAAGGCCCACCCAACCAACUAACAAACGACCCAUAUAUUUUGUCUCGGCCAAUGGGCGAGCUGCUGUUAUAACAAAUUUAUAUGAUUGGCAAAUAUUAUCGAUGGCGAGUUUAUUCGGAAUUAUUAUUGGUGCAAUAUAGUUUUGGAAAGUAAAAAAAAAUUCCUGCCUUUAGCGACUCAUCUGAAUAAAUUUUCUAUAAUACUCUAUUCUUAAUUUUAAAAAAAAAAAAUUCAGAACUUACCGCGAGGAGAAAAAUGUAAGGACCAAUCAAAAUAUAUCUCGGCCAUAUGUUCCAAUCUGAUUUAAAAUCAAUAUUACGAGAUGUUGUAUUUACUUCUUUCUUCAUUUCAUUUUAUUUUUAAAAGGUUUUCAAAAUUUCUAAUUCAUAAUUUAUUUUUCAUAUUUUAUAAAUUAUUUUUUAAAAUAUAUUAUAAUACAUUAUAAAUUUCGAAUACAAAAUAAA